AUGGCGGAAACAUCUAUUCAUCGUAAAAAAGCAACAAAUAAAACAAAUGGCAAAAAUCACUCAACAAUUGUUCAUACUGUUAUUUUGCCAAGUAAAACUUCUGAAGAAAAACAUCAACUUUCAUUAAAACAAUUAAAAAAUUCUGCUAAAGCUUAUGAAAAACAACCAUCACUUCAAAAAAUAGAUACAGAAAAAUAUCGAAAUUCAUUACAACGUCAAUUAUCUAUAGAUAUGCUUCGUCAAGGUAAUCAUCAAUCAUUUCGUGAAUUAUGUACUGUAUUAGAAUGGCAAAGAAAAGAUCGAGAAAAAUUAGGUAAUGAACAUCCACAUUAUCGACGACCAUUAUUAGAUGGAGAACCAGAUAAAUUACGUUUUCUUUGUACACAUUUUAAUAUAAUUGAAGAUGCUGAACGAAGAAAACAAUAUUCAAAUAUGUAUGAAGGUUAUAUUGAAUUAGCAUCAUUUUUUUUAAAAAGUGAUGAUCAUUGGUUAUCAGAUUUAUUUUAUAAAAAAUGUUUAUCUGUUGCUCAAACAUAUUCACAACUUGAUUCACAGCUAGUAGCUGAAGCAUAUCUUAAUGUUGGAUUAUUAUAUGAAAGAAAAGGUAAUCUUAUGAAAGCAUUAAAUUAUUUUGAAAGAUAUCGUCAAUUCGGUGAAGAUUAUUAUCAAUUAAAAACAGAUGCUAAUCUUCAAUUAACACGUUUAUAUAUAAAAUUAGCUGAACGUAAAAGAGAUAAUCAAGCAUUAAAAUAUAUUAUUAAAGCUUAUGAAGCAUCGAAACAAAGUGAUGAUAAAAAACUUGAAAAUGAAAUAAGUUAUAAAUUAGGACAUGCCUAUCUUGAACUUAAUGAUAUUGAAUUAGCUUUAAAAUAUUUUCAUAAAUAUUAUGAUUAUUGUCAACAAGCAAAUGAUAAUGAAAAUUUUGCUCAAGCAAGUGAAGCACUUGCUAUUUGUUAUCAAAAAAAAGAAAAUGUAGAAAAAACUUCUGAAUAUUUAACUAAAUGUUUACAAAGAGUAUCUAAUAAAGAAGAUGAUAAUCAAUAUGCACGUGCAUGUGGUACACUUGGUUUUAUUGAAGCAACUUUGGGUCAUUAUGAUUCAGCUAUUGAAUCUUCUAGUAAAGCUUAUAGUAUAUCAUUAGUAAAUAGCAAUAUUGAUCUUAAUCGUAAUCGAGUAUUAUAUGGUAUUAUUAAUGGUUUAAAAGUACGAUCACUUUUUAAUGAUUAUAUCGAUCAAAUGAAUAUACGUGAUUUAAUUGGAUGGAAAUCUACACGAUCGGAAAAUUAUUUUAAAAAAUUGAAGCCUUAA